AACAAAUUUUCUAUUUCUCUCCCAGGUUCUUCUGGUUAUUCCACAACGCCUCUUCAACCUGAACAACUAGAGUUCUCGCAAUAACCUCGCAUCGAACUUUCUAGAAUCGCCUAUUCCAGACACAAUUAUUUAUGGUAUCAGAAAGCCUUCGAGUCUCGAGACUCUCAGAGAAGAAUUAAGACGUGGUGCACGUCCGCUUAAGCACCUACGUCGUGAGGAGUCUGGGUAUCUCCUCUAACUAUUGGCUGUUGCAAAAGUAACAGCAAAAAUUGGUCCCAUGAUUUUCUACAGCGCAGUUUUACAGCAAUCAUGAUGCUGGAUGACCAACCUAUGCGAGCGAGCCUACAAGUGGCUCCGCUCGCAAUUAACAAGAGCCGCUACGAUGAAGCAGCAGUGAACCCACAGGAAGGUGAACCAACAGCAUCCACACAUCCCUACUCUCAGUCCCAAAUAACUCCGCCUUCGACUCCCAAUGAUUCGCAGGAGGAGUUAGUCCCCCAACCCACACCAUCAAACCCUAUCUUUCAUAACUUCCUUCGAGCCUUUUAUCCGUUCCAUCCCACAUAUGCUAUGUCAGACUCAACCGUUACACUACCCUUGAACGAAGGCGACGUGGUCUUAGUCCACUCUAUUCACACUAAUGGGUGGGCCGAUGGGACAUUGUUGAUAUCCGGUGCGAGGGGAUGGUUACCAACGAACUACUGCGAAGCGUACGACCCCGAGGAGAUGAGGAAUUUACUCAAUGCGUUAUUGAAUUUCUGGGACUUGCUAAGGAGCACAGCGACGAACGAUCGGGACAUCUUUAGCAACCAGGAAUUUAUGAAAGGCAUUAUUGCGGGCGUGCGCUAUCUAUUGGAACACACACAUUGUUUGACUCGGGAGUCAGCUACAAUACAGAGGAGCGAAAUCUUACGUCGUGGUAGGAAGUCGUUGCUAUCCGAGCUAUCAUGUUUAGUGAAAAUCGCCAAACGACUCCAAGAAACAUUAAGAGGGUUACCGCGAUAUAUCGACGAUGUAAACGACAUUAUUGACGAGAUGAUCCUGAAGGCAUUCAAAAUAGUGGUCAAAGGCGUUCGAUUUUUGGACUUGGUUGAAGACGAUAGACGGUUACGUGCACCUGCAGUAACAGUCAUGGCAACCGUUGUCGAGGAGUCAUUCGUGCCACCAACGCCACCUUUGGAGUCGACGGAGUUUGAGGGCGACCGGAGAGACGAAGCUGCAUCUUCCCGAACAGCUGUCGAUGCAGUGACCACUAAAGGGUUAGCACCACCGGCAGCCGACGACGCACAAACAACUGGAUCCACCAACAAACGAUUAUCAUCUAGUGUUUACUCGUCUGCUAAUGUAGCAAGUAAUCGGAUGUCUCAACUCAGUACGUCACACGGAAAUCGAUUAUCGGCUACUAUAUCACACAGAGUGUCUCUAGCCGGUCCUUCUCCAUUAUCGCAUCCCCAAAAUCUUGUUUCAGUGCGGCUAAAUUCCUGCCAUGAUACGUUUUUAUCGUAUCUUGGAUCUUUCAUUGGUCGAUUGCACGUCCAAUCUCAAUCCCGACCGGAACUCGCCCUUGCUAUUAAGCAUUCAGUAAUCUCAGGCGGAGUGCUUUUCUCAGUGGUAGAUGCGAUAUGUGAUCACAACAUAUCCGUUUCGGAGACGUUGGGACAGUCGCGUGUAGCCAUGUACGAUCGUAUCAGAGAUUUGGUCUACCUUGCCCGUGAGAUUCUAGGUAACCGGGGACCCGACGGCGAGGAUGUCAUUAUGCCACAAGAUAACAGUCGGCUUCUCUCAGCCGCUACUGGGUGCGUCAAGGCAGCUGGCGAAUGUGUGGCCAAAACCAAAUGGGUUUUGGAAAGAAUAGGCGAUUUCGAAUUCGAAGUCGAGAACGAAAAAUUGGGCAUUGACCUGGGUGUUUUUGAAGCUGUAUCCGAGAGCCAGCCGCGAACGCCAACCGAAUCAACAAUUUCAGAAACCAAGACACCUGAGUCGUCAUCUAGGCCUAAUCGUUCGACUCAGUUAUCGAUCGACAAGCCACUCCCUGAGGUCCCUGUUGAAAAUACGCAAGGGCGAGAAACCCCCGAGCGAAUCUCCUCGCCUGCGUCAAGGCCGCAAUCGAUGAUUAUAGAUGAUACAGCAUCGAGCAUGGCGUCCUCUGUCUCCUCUAUUCGACCUUCACCCCCCUCUCUACCAAGGCUUACGACUGCCAUUCCGCCAAAUGAACCGUAUAGCCCUACGACAGAAAUUUCGCAAGACGUCGAGUAUCAGAAUUCUUUCCGAUCUGAUACGGGCACCGCUUCCAGUUCUGGAAGUAACAACACAUAUCUAAGCCGUGACUCGGAAUCGAGCAUGGUGUCCGAUAUUUCCACACGUGCCACUACACCUGAUAUUACACUUGUACCAAAGGCUCAACCGUCCUUGUCAGACUUAAGUACAGCAGGCAGUUCCAGCAUAGGCGAGGAGGUCGAGGAGCUUGAGUCAAAAUUACUAGAGAAAACAUUUGCUCAUGAGCUAAUGUUUAACAAGGAGGGACAAAUCACUGGUGGCUCGCUUGCUGCUUUAGUCGAGCGUCUUACAACCCACGAAGCGACGCCUGACGCUAUGUUUGUAUCCACCUUUUACCUCACCUUCCGGCUGUUCUGCACGCCUAGCAAGCUGGUAGAAGCACUCAUUGAGCGCUUCGAUUACGUGGGUGAGAAUCCCAACGCAGCAGGCCCUGUAAGAUUACGCAUCUGCAAUGUCUUAAAGGGGUGGCUGGAAUCGCACUGGCGCGAUUCUAUCGAUCACGAAGCGUUACCGCUUAUUCAGAAUUUUGCAGAGUUCAAACUUGGGUCACUUGCUUCUCCAGGCGUAGGUAAACGAAUCCUGGAACUCUCGCAGCGAGUUUCGUCCACAGAUGGUUCGCUGGUACCACGUCUGGUGUCCUCUAUGGCGAAGACGAGCACCUCCACCUCUCAAUACGUCCCUAUCGACACACCGAUGCCCAAUCCUGCCAUAUCUAAAAGCCAACAGAAUCUCCUCAAUAACUGGAAGUCAGGGGGCAGUUGCCCCUCGUUUCUUGAUUUUGAACCUCUCGAAAUUGCUCGGCAGCUAACUCUCAAACAAAUGAGCAUCUUCUGCUCAAUCUUGCCAGAAGAGCUACUAGGUUCCCAAUGGAUGAAGAAGAACGGUGCAUCAUCGCCUAACGUAAAGGCGAUGUCGAGCUUCUCGACCGACUUGUCAAAUCUCGUGGCGGACACUAUUCUUCAAUAUCCAGAAGUUAAGAAGCGUGCCGUGGUCAUCAAACAGUGGAUCAAGAUUGCCCAUCAGUGCCUGGAACUGAAUAACUAUGAUGGCCUCAUGUCCAUUGUUUGCAGUCUGAACAACUCUAUUAUCAGUCGCUUGAGAAAGACUUGGGACCUCGUGAGCCCAAAGCGACGCGAAAUGUUAAAAACCAUGCAAGCUAUUGUUGAACCAUCCAACAACAAUAAGGUGCUUCGAGCUCGUCUUCAGGGCCAUGUCCCCCCAUGCCUCCCGUUUCUCGGCAUGUUCCUUACCGAUCUUACGUUUGUCGAUAUUGGAAACCCUGCUACAAAACAACUUCCUGGCUCAGGUCCAAACGAAAACGGCUUAACAGUUAUCAAUUUUGACAAGCACACCCGAACUGCGAAGAUCAUCGGGGAGCUACAGCGGUUCCAAAUUCCCUAUAAGCUGACAGAGGUUCCGGACAUGCAGGAAUGGAUUCAAGCGCAAGUUACUCGUGUAAAAGAGACCGACCAAGGCAAUGUCCAAGUCAGCUAUUACCGAAAGAGUUUACUGCUUGAACCCCGAGAAACCUUCUUGAGAACCCCAACUGAUGGCCCAGCCGCUACACCAGCAGGUCAAAGGGCAGAUUUGUUUGGCUGGAUUUCAAGAGAUCGCCACAAUAAUGCGACGAUUUCUACGUAAUGACACCUACUCGUAACAUUGAUCAUCAUUACCGCCGCAUACCCUCACUCGUUACUACUUUUUCCGUCAACUUUUUUUUUUAUCUCAUCCAUUGAUACCCCUUGUUGUUUCUUUUUCCUUUUUUUUUUUUUUACUAUCCAGCCCAAUUAUGAAGCAUUUGGGAUGUAUCAUGUCAGGUACUGGCGUUUGCAGGCAGGGGAACAAGGGAUAG